AUGGGGAACACAAAGAGCAGCGCUUUGUCCAAAGAACUCCUGGAGGAUUUGAAAUCCAACACAAAGUACUCUGAAGCCGAGCUGUGCUCCUGGUACCAGUCAUUUUUGAAGGAGUGUCCCAGUGGGAAAAUCAGCAAGGAGCAGUUUGAAGGAAUCUAUGCUAGCUUCUUCCCCAAUGCAGACCCAACUGAGUACGCCCGCCAUGUGUUCAGGAGCUUCGACACCAACGCAGAUGGCACUCUGGACUUUAAGGAGUACAUAGUCGCUCUGCAUCUGACAUCCGGAGGGAAGACUCUGCAGAAGCUGGAGUGGGCCUUUGCUCUGUACGACGUGGACGGGAACGGAACCAUCAGCAGCAAUGAAAUCCUUGAGAUAGUCCGGUCAAUAUUCAAUAUGAUUCCUGUGGAAGACCAGAAGAACCUCCCUGAGGAUGAAAACACGCCAGAGAAAAGGGCGGGAAAAAUCUGGGAAUUCUUUGGAAAGAAGGAAAACGACAAAAUCUCUGAGGGAGAGUUCAUUCAGGGAGUGAUGAACAAUAAGGACAUCCUGCGGCUCAUUCAGUACGACGAACCUCAGAAAAUCAAAGACAAGCUGAAGGAGAAGAAGCAAUAG